GGCAGAGCGGGGACCCGGGAGAGGCAAGGAAGGAAGGAGGCGGCAGAAGCCGGAGAGUCGUCGGCGGAGCGCGCUGCGCCCCUGGCCCGCCUGGGCUCCGAGUCCUGCGUCGCCGACUGGGCAGGGACGGCGCUCAGGGCCGCUGGCCGAGGCGGUGGGAGGCGGCGGACGCGAUGCGGCCGGGAUGCGGCUGGGCCGCGGCCUGAGCGACCCCGAUGGCCCGCGGCGGAGAGGCCUGCGGGAGCGAGGCGCGGCUGCUGCUGGGCCGGGACGCGGUACGGCCGGCGCCCGCGCUGCUGGUCCCCGCGGUGCUGCUGGGCGCCGCGCUCGGCCUGGGCCUCGGCCUGUGGCUCGGCUGCCGCGCCAUCCGCCGGCGGCUACGACAACAGGUGGACGACCCUCGAAGUCUGCUCAAGAACCUGGAGUCUAAUGCACAGGCCUCCUCGGAAACCGGCUCCCCGGCCAGGAGGAGGAGGAGGAGAGGAGCUCGGACCUCGCAGGAGGCGGAGGCUCUGGACGAGCACGAGCCGUCCGUCAACAGCAACGUCACAGCGUUUGCCCUGAAGGCCAGAGUCGUCUAUCCCAUCAACCAGAAGUUCCGGCCGCUGGCCGAUGGCUCCUCCAACCCAUCCCUGCACGAGAACGGGAAGCAGGCGGCCCUGCCCCACCAGCCGGCGGAGGCGUCCCCGUGCAGCAGCCUGGGCAGCCUGGGCCCGGCCGAGAAGGACGACGACUGCAGCUCCUCGUCCAGCCUGCGCUCGGCCGCCAGCGACGACCGCUUCCUCGGCCGCGCCUUCCUCCGGGCGCACAGCUUCCCCGAGCUGCUGGCCUGUGAGAGCGCCGACCUUGACCUGUGCAUCUAUAACCUUCACUUAAAGGAUCUGCUGGAGCUGGACACGGCGCUGAGGCAGGACAGGCACUCGAUGUUUAUUCAGGUCUUAAAAAUGUGCCUGCUGGACAUUUUUCCGAAAAAGAAGUCGGAUGAUGAGUUCUACCAGAAGAUUCUUUCGAAACAAGAAAGUGACCUGCGGGAGCUGGAAAGGGGGCUGCAGGUCAGGCUGUCGGACACGGAGGUGCUGGGCGCCGGCGACCCCGAGUUCGUCACCCUGGCGGCCGUGGAGAAGAAGGAGCGCGAGCACGCAGAGCAGCUGAUCGACAACAUGGAAGCUUUCUGGAAACAGAUGGAAAACAUCCAGCACUUGCUCGUGGACCAGUUUAAGUGUUCCAGCUCCAAAGCCCGACAGCUCGAGAUGAGUCUGACAGAAAGAAUGAUCGCAGCGGAGGGGUGGCUGCGGGACUCCCAGGACCUGCAGGCUCUGGACAUCCUGGAGCGGACGAUGGGGCGGGCGCACAUGGCCAAGGCGAUCGAGUCCCUGAGGCAGCAGGUCCAGGAGGAGACCAAGUGCCGGCUGGCCGCCAUCUCCCGCAGCCUGGACGGGCUGACCGUCGAGGGGAGACUGUCGGGGGGGCAGAAGGAGGAGCUGCUGACCCAGCAGCACAAGGCCUUCUGGGAGGAGGCGGAGCGCUUCGGCAUGGAGCUUGUCCGGCGAGGCAAAGAGCUGGUCCAGGCAUGGCGGGUUCGCCAGGCGGAGGGGACGGCCGCGCUGCUGCUGGCCCAGGAGGAGGAGCGGAAGAACUUCCUGGCAGAGGCGCCGCUGACCGCUGACCCCGACGGGCUCCUGCAGGCUUUCCACGAGGUCCUGGAGCGGCAGCGGCUGACACGCAGCGACCUGGAGGAAGAGGACGACCUCAGAACCACCGAGGCCAUGGCUGCACUCUGCCAGGAGCUGUUCCGCAGCACCGUGGCGGCGUUCCAGGCGUUCGUGGACGCCCUGUUCCUGCAGACGCUCCCGGGCCUGACCGGCCUCUCCCGGGAAGAGUGCGGGUGCCUGAGCCAGGAGGCCCAGCAGGACGCCACCCUGCGGCUGGGGCGGUCCGACCGCUUCCGGAAGCAGCAGUGGGAGCUGUUCCAAGACCUCCUGGAGCAAGAGGAGCAGGUGUGGAUGGAGGAGCUCGCCCUGGCCGCGGUGCUGCAGACCCACCUGCGGGACGAGCAGGACAGCGUCACCCGCCACGUGCUGGGCCGGCUCGGGGGCCUCAGCGCAGAGUCCACGCGGUGGCUCCUGCAGGGCCACGACCUGCUGCUGCGCUCGGCCCUGCGGAGGCUGGCACUCCGCGGCCACGCCGUGGCCACCCUGACCCAGAUGCGGCUGUCGGGGAAGAAGAGCCUCCUGCAGGAGCUGCGCGAGCAGCACGCCCUGGAGCAGGGCUCCGCCCACUGUCUGGACGAGCACCAAUGGCAGCUGCUCAGAGCCCUGGAGACGCGUGUGCGGGAGGAGACCGGCAGGCUGCAGGAGGAGACGCAGCAGACGAGGCUGCAGCUCCAGCAGCAGCUCCUGGCCGAGGCCCAGGAGGUGGGGCGGCUGCUGCAGCAGCGCAUGGAGCACGCCAUCGGGCAGGCGCUGCUGGGCCACGCACGGGCCUUGGCCACCAAGAGCCGGGCCAAGGACCGGGAGGACUUCAAGAGGACGCUGCUGGAGGCGGCCGUGGAGAGCGUGUACGUGACCAGCGCGGGCGUGGCCCGGCUGGUGCAGCCCUAUUACCAGCAGGUGGGCGGGGCCGUGCGGGACCACGCGGAGCGCAAGCUGGAGCAGCUGAGGGCCCUGCAGGGGGAGAGGUCGGAGAGCUACCGGCUGCGGAAGAAGCAAGAUCUCGGCGACCCUUCGUCGGGGGACCAGGUGGCGGGGGCGGCCCGUGAAGCAGCCCCAGGCAUCCACCAGAGGAUGCGGGCGCAGCAGCGCAGGUUCCUGGCCCAGUUCACCGCGCACCAGCGCGUGCGCCUGGAGGCGUGGCAGCGGAGGGCCGGCGUCCUGGACCACCUGGAGGCGCAGCUGGAGGCCCAGCUGCAGGAGGCCGAGCAGGGCUUCCUGUCCGGGCUGGCGGCCUUGGCCCACGUGCCCCUCCCUGAGAGCAAGCCGUCGUCCAGUAAGCGCGGGCCGCCAGUAAAGCCCGCACCUCGGGUUCCUGCUGCUUCGGGAGUCUCCCAGUCAGCCGGCUGCCGCAGAAACACAGUGGGAGCCCGAGGAGCAGAGUUCGAACCCCGGCUCUGCCACGCACAUCUGCGUACGGGCUCGGGACAGCACCCCACCUCCCGGCCGCAGCUUCCUUACACACGCUACACGGGCAGAGCAGCAGUAAGAGAAGUCCGUGAGGACCAAGAGGAAGAAGCCCCCGCCACAGGAGAGAGGCGACCCCAGGGCGCCCAGCAACGACGACCCUGCUGCGUCUGGGGGACACCCCGCGGCACCGCUCAGCAAACGGCCGAAUCAGCAGGAGGGCGACGCCGGUGACGGCGAGAAUGCAAAGAGGAUGCUGAAGAGGAGGAGCAACCUGUAGUCCACGGCCUCUCGGCCUCUCGUUGGGGGCCGAACAGAAGCCCUGAUCGGAGGGCACGGCACCCCCCCUCCGCCCCCGUGAGGGGGGCCCACCUGCCUGGGGAUGGACCUGGGGGUGGGGCCUCCCUGCGAUCGCGGGCUUGUCGUGAGGGUGGAGGUCGGGGACACCUUGCGAGCUCUGUCCCUUCAGCUCCGCCCCUCGGGGCCUCCUCCUGGCUGUCCGCACCCCCACCUCUGCGCUGGUGACCCCCAAACCUGCCUUCCGCAGGGCGAGGCUCUCACUCCGUUCUGUGGGGGUGGGGGGUCUCCAGGCAUCGCUGCCGUUUUCCGGGUCCAGACUCUUCUCCUCCAUUUCCACCCCCCUUUCCUCCGCCCCACGAACCGUGGCCCCUGGCUGCCACCAGGGCCUCUUCAGGGCCCACCCCUGCCCAUCCUGGGCUCAGCCCGCAGCUCAGGCCUGGCCACUGGGGUCCGAGUCUCAUGACCCCAUGACCCCGACGCAGACAGUGCCCGACAGCACCCCCCUGACCACGGAGGAAUGUCCCGGGGGCACCACUGGUGAGAAUGUCCAGAAGCUUCCAGACCAGCCCAUGGAGAGCUGGGAGAGCUCUUUCCCACCCAGGACAAUGCUGCCAGGAGAGGUUUCCCACCCAGAAAGAAAGUUGCCCUUUUCAUUAAAAAACAGGGAUUCCCGCCCUUGGCACUGUGGCCGUUUUGGGUGAGACAACUGUUUGGGGAGGGGACGGUCCUGUGCACGGUGGGAUGUGCAGUGCCACCCCUGGCCCCUGCCCACCCGACGCCAGUGGCAUCCCUACUGUGACAGCCAAAAGCAUCCCCAGUCACUGCCGGAUGUCCCGGCGGGGGGGGGGGCAUCCCUCACUGACCUAGGGCCAUUCUGGAUGGAGAGCUGGGCGUCCCCACAAAUUCCCAGGGCAUGCUGGGCUCUAGGCACCGGGAGCCGCUGUCCCGGGGAUUCUCCGGACUGUUUAGGACCUGAAUUUUUAUCUCAUAUAACCUGAAGUAGACCCCCCUGGACAGGAAAGACUGGCUCCUUCACGGAAAUAACCCACAACCAUGGCAUCCGCCCGUCCUGACCUCCUGACCCGCUGGUCAGCGACCGGGAUUCCCACCGCCGACCAACAGCCCCACCUGGUGGCAGAAUAAAGCAUCUCCUUGUUGGG